AUGUCGUUCCGGCGCCGGCGGCCGGGGGCAGGCACACGAGCGCGUCGGCGCGUUCGUCCAAUAUUUGGCCGGCCGCCGGCCGGGGCGGUGCCCGACACGACGAUCCGCGGCCCGCGGGGUGGGAGGGCAGGAGGGGAGCUGAAGCGACAUGGGGAAGCAGAGCUGGAGCCGGAGUCAGGGAGGGUGCGGGCGGUUUGGCUUCCACAGGCUGUUGGUGCUGCGGCGGAUCGAGGCGAGCCGCAAGAGCGACGUGGCGACAUGGCAGUGUGGACGUUUGGUCGUCACCGCUCCACGAAUACCAACACCCGGCGGAGAGGGGUCAGGAUCGAGGGCGGGGGGCGGAGGCGGCCAGGUCCGAUUGCAAGGGCGGGGCGGAGCUAUUGCAGCGGUGGUGGGCGGAGCCAUGGCGGCUCCUCGUUGUCGUCCUCAUCCAGCUCCACCUCCGCCUCCGAAGUCUUCAUGGACACGAGCUCUCGGCUCGUCCUCCCACCACCGGAAGGCGAGCACCUCCAUGGGCGGCAGUUCCUCGGCGGUGAAAUUAAACGAAUAGCUGGAGCAGGGCGGGGUGGGCACAGCCAGAUCCGUGUGCAAGGGCGGGGCGGAGCCAGGGUGGCGGGGGCGAGCGUGAUCCGUGUGCAAGUGCGGGGUGGAGCUAGGGCAGCAGGGGUGGCCAUCGGCGCGGGUAUGGGCGCGGGGAGUAGGCGGCGACGGAGGGUGACUGGAUCAGGGGUAGGCGGGCGGUGCGGGUGGACGAAGACAUGUAUAGACUGCGGCCCUGCGCUGAUCGCAAAGCGUGAUAUGCUAUCCAUAUAUUUUCAUAUUCCAGUAUUUUUUCUGAUGGACUAG